CAUUGGCUGACGCACGGCGGUUGAAGCUCAAGCUGUCAAGUUGACUGUAAACGUCCACCUCUGUGCUUCUUACUGGCGACACCGCGACACGACGACAAUCGCGACGGCAGCAAACAUACUCCCUGUCUAGCGAUAUAAACCACACCAAUAACCGGCGAUAUAUUGUCACCCGAACCACUGCGAGAAGAAGGGGAGCUACCCCCUCGAAGCAAAGCGAAGAUGUCUUUUCUGGGGAAGAUUCUCUAUGUGACCGUCCUGAUUCUCAACGCCAUCGUCGUCCUGUCAGAGGACCGCUUCCUUGCUCGCGUAAACCUCACCCCCGCAACCCACAACCGCUCCUUCGGCGGCCCCGGCGGCGUAGACAGCAGCGUCAAGUACAAUGCCAUCCAGCUGAUUGCCUCGAUCCGGACCUUGAUGAGGAUACCAUUAAUUGUGAUCAAUACCCUCAUCAUAGUGUAUGAGCUUGUUUUGGGCUAAAGGUUUGCGGUUUGGAGGUGGACAGUGAGGAAAUGGAGGGGGAAGUCACGAGAGCACGCACACACUUCAUAAAGAUCAUGUGGGAAAUUGCUUUGGGUUGGAGGUUGGCAAAAUGAGGCGCUAAUAGAUGGAUGGGUGUCGUUGGCAUGACGAAAAUAUACACUAAUGGAUACGACGAGCUACGACAACGCAUGAUGUUGGGUCUUUUACACCGCCCUCCGAGUCUGCAGAAACAAGUGAGAGAUUACAACUACUAUUAACUCUAC